AUGGCUCAAACAAAUGGUGACGUGAAGACAACUUCAGAUGUAACAGAUACUCAGGGCGAGGCUGACUCCUCAUCGGCGCUUGCCAACGGUACCAAUGGCACCAACGGCCACCUACAUGACCAUUCCCAUACCCACGAUCACGAGCAUGACCACGCUCAGGACGACCCCAAUGCUGGAGCACUGUUCCAGGUCACUGUCAAGCUGCCGCACAAGCCCUACAAGCAAACAAUAACGGUCACGAGUCAAGAGCAGGUCCAGGAUGUGCGCCAGUCUAUCGUGGAAACUCCGGAUACCUUUCAGUACACCUGUUUCCACCUCGAGCACAAUGGACAGAAGAUCAACGACUUUGUUGAACUUUCCGAAGUCAAAGACCUCAAGCCAGACGAUGAGAUUGUGCUUGUCGAGGAUCCUUACACCGAGAAAGAGGCAAGGCUGCACGUAAUUCGCAUCCGAGAGCUCAUUGGCGCGACUGGAGACCGGUCCGACCAGCUGCAUGGCAUCUGCGCUGGGGUGUCCCUCCACGACGAUAAGUUCGGCUCUGCCCACGCUCCUGCCGACAAGACGGAAGGCAAUCCCUUGGUCGGCUACGAAGUCGACGGUCGUGUGGCUCUCGAAGCAUUACUCCCAUCUCAUCAGGACAGCUUGCCCAAGACCAUCAAGUCACUGUCGGUGUCCCAGUGGAAUCCUCCACCAUAUCAUCUCCGUCAACGAGGUCAUCUGCUCUACUUGCUCCUGACGACGAAUGAGGGCGAGCAACACCACAUUACCGCCACCGUCUCGGGCUUCUACGUCAACAAAUCCUCGAGCAACAAGUUCGACCCUUUCCCUAGACCUGCUCCGAAAAAUCACAGUGCUCACUCCCUGCUGAAUUUGAUCUCAGCAUUAUCGCCAUCAUUCAAUGAGACUUUUGUUGAGCUCCAGAGAAUGAACGGCCGCAAAGACCUUCUCACAACAUUCCCAUUCCAGAAUGCCAUACCUGCAAAUCCAUGGAUCGUUUCGUCUUCCUAUGCACAAGGAAAUCAGCACCAGGCAGAUCCCACAAGAGCUCAGGAGGCAUACUUGCUCGGGGGCGCUGAUGGGGCCGAGAAUCUUCGAGAUUGGAAUGAAGAGUUUCAGACAACCCGUGAGCUGCCGAGGGAAAACCUGCAGGACCGAGUAUUCCGCGAGCGUUUGACCUCCAAGCUGUUUGCCGACUACAACGACGCUGCCGCCAGAGGUGCUGUGCUUGUCGCUCGAGGCGAAGUUGCGCCACUGAAUCCUACCGAAGGUAGGGAUGCCCAAAUCUUCAUCUACAACAACAUCUUUUAUUCAUUCGGUGCCGACGGCGUACAAACAUUUGCGAGCGAAGGCGGAGACGAGGCUGCAAGGGUUGCGGUGGGAAAGGACGUUGCCGGUGUCAAAGCUGUAAAUCAACUGGACAUCAACGGCCUUUUCACUCCAGGCACGGUAGUAGUAGAUUAUCUUGGCAAACGUAUUGUCGGUCAGAGCAUCGUUCCUGGCAUCUUCAAGCAACGAGAACCCGGUGAGCACCAAAUCGACUAUGGUGGCGUCGAAGGCCGAGACGUUGUGACCGAGAACGAGGCCUUUGUUCCCGUGUUCGAAAAGAUGUCUAAGGCGUUACGCGUCAAGAAGCAUGCCGUGUGGGACAAGGAAGGUAAGCGACACGAUCUUGAGGGCAGCGUUGAGACAAAGGGCUUGUUGGGCACCGAUGGCCGAAAAUAUGUCCUUGAUCUAUACCGCAUCACACCGCUUGAUGUGGCCUGGUCGGAAGAAGUUGAGGCCGACUCAGGAAACGACAAAUACCCACAUCGGAUGUCCGUGUUACGUCUAGAGCUUGUGGAGACCUAUUGGCGCAUGAAAAUGCAGGAGUAUGUCAGAGCGGAAAUCCAGAAGCGCCGCUCGAACGGGAACAACGGCCACAUAGAAGACGCAAAGAACGGUGAAGAGGACAAAUCCAACGCUCACGUACCUGAAAAGGACAAAAAAGUGGGAGAAAAUGGCGAUGCUCCUGGGAAGGAAAGCAUCGAGGAGAAAUCCGAUGAGAAACCAGACCCAUCUGCCAAGGCUGCUCCUGCACUCGAUCAGGAACGCGUGGACAUCUCUAACUUCCAUUUCGCCCUGAACCCGGAUGCAUUCAGUGGGCAGACGCCACAAACCGAUGAAGAGAAGCAAGAGUACGACGCAGACGAGAAGGAAGUCCGAGCAGUAUGCGAGUUUCUGAGGAGCAAGGUGAUCCCGGACUUGGUCAAAGAACUCCAUGAUGGCGACGUUGGUUUCCCAAUGGACGGCAAGUCUUUGUGUCAGCUCAUGCACAAGCGUGGUAUCAACAUCAGGUACCUAGGAAGGCUGGCAAAAGCCGCGGAAGAGAAAGGGCACCGCUUGGAAGCCUUCUCUGUCGUUGUGCUGCAAGAAAUGGUGGCUCGAGCUUUCAAGCAUAUUGCUAAUCGCUAUUUGCGUCAUCUCCCGGCCAUAUUCGCAGGUGCUUGCGUCUCUCACCUGCUGAACUGCCUGGUGGGAGCUGAUGCGAACUCAAACCCCCGAGCCGAGAUUGAUGAGGACCUACGUGCUCUGUAUCCAGACGGAGACUUUUCAUUCGAGCAGAUCAAUCCGUCGAAGUUGCAGGCGGAAAUCGAGAAGCAGGUCAAGAUUCGCUACCGGUACGCUUUGGAAAACGGCUGGAGGGCGUCGAUCCGUCCGUUGCCAAUGCUCAGAGAGAUCUCGUUGAGACUGGGGCUCCAACUCGUAGCACGAGAGUACACUUUUAGCAAAGGUGUACAAUUGUGCUUAGAUUCCUCCCCCGCUCGGAGCAGCAGUGACACUCACUCAAGCAACGGGGCUCAGGCGGAAGAGGGCAGCAAGAAGAAAAAGAAGAAGGCGGGUGAGCAGGCACAGACGAAUGGCCUUUCUGCCAAGUCUAGCACGACCUUCACCGCAGAGGACGUCCUCAAUAUCGCCCCCAUAGUCAAGGAUGCAUCGCCGAGAAGUGCCCUGGCUGAGGAAGCCCUGGAGGCCGGUAAGCUCUCCUUAGCACGAGGCGAGAAGCAACUUGGGCAGGAGCUCGUCUUGGAAUCAUUGUCUUUGCACGAACAAAUCUACGGCAUUCUUCACCCCGAGGUCGCAAAGAUGUACAACUCUCUGUCCACCAUCUACUACCAAACUGACGAGAAGGAGGCAGCCGUAGAGCUAGCUCGAAAGGCAGUGAUUGUAACCGAGCGGACACUGGGAGUCGAUUCUCACGACACAAUAUUGGCUUAUCUCAACCUCUCAUUAUUUGAGCACCACACGGGCAAUACGAAGCAGGCCCUGAAGUACGUCAGACACGCGCUGGAACUCUGGAAAAUCAUCUUCGGACCGAACCACCCCGACUCGAUAACGACGAUGAACAACGCAGCUGUCAUGCUCCAGUCGAUCAAGGAGUAUUCUGAAUCUCGUAAAUGGUUUGAAGCCUGCUUCACAGUCUGCGAGAAUCUGUUCGGUCGCCAAUCGGUCAAUGCGGCCACCAUUCUAUUCCAGCUGUCGCAAGCUCUGGCCCUGGAUGGAGACCCGCACGGUGCCGUCAACAAGAUGCGGCAGGCGUACAGUAUCUUCCUGGCGGAACUUGGGCCCAACGAUCGUAACACGAAGGAAGCCGAGAGUUGGCUAGAGCAACUGACACAGAAUGCUGUCUCCAUUGCCAAGCAAGCCAAAAUGUUGCAGAGCCGCCGCAUCACCGGCAUUCGACACUUGCCGCGAAUGGGUCUAGGUACACGACUUCAGCCUCAGAAUGCAAGCACAGCAGCACCAGAUGCUAAUUCGCGGUCUGCCGCUACGCAACCAAGUCUGCGAACCGGGACGGGCGACCCCACUGUCGACACCCGAAGCAUCGCCGAGCUGUUGCGAUACAUCGAGGGCACUGAUACCAAGAGCAGUAGUGGACGUACCAAGCAGAAGAAGAAAUCUCUCAAUCCUAAAGCCCGGAGGAGCACAGUAACAGCUUGA